GUAAACGCAGCGGUUAGCUUCAUAACAUCUCGGUUAUAACCUAAUCGCCGGUGGAGGGGUUGUGCAUCAAACUGAGAGGAAGGAACCAUGGCUGCACUUUUCAAAGCAAGGAAAGCUCUCGGCUUGUGUCUCAGCGGCUGUCGAAGCUUCUCUCAGCUCGCCGAACUUCCAGAGACGCAUCAGAUCCUCAGACAGACCUGCAGGGACUUCGCCGACAGAGAACUGAUCCCCAUCGCUGCCGGGCUCGACAAGGAGCACUUGUACCCUGCCAAACAGAUUCAGGAGUUGGGGGCGAUGGGGGUGUUGGCCAUGGAGGUGCCAGAGGAGCUGGGCGGCGCCGGGAUGGAUUACCUGGCGUACAGUCUGGCUGUGGAGGAGAUCAGCCGGGGCUGUGCCAGCACCGGAGUGGUGGUCUCUGUUAACAAUUCUCUCUACAUCGGACCCAUAUUGAAGUUUGGGACGGAGGAACAGAAGAAGCAGUGGAUCACACCGUUCACCACCGGAGAGCAGGUGGGCUGCUUCGCCCUCAGUGAGCCAGGUAACGGCAGCGAUGCAGGAGCGGCGUCCACGGUGGCUCGUCAGGAGGGAGACGAGUGGGUGCUGAACGGAACCAAAGCCUGGAUCACCAACAGCUGGGACGCCUCCGCCACCGUCGUGUUCGCCACCACGGACAAGAAGCUCAAACACAAGGGCAUCAGCGCCUUCCUGAUCCCCAUGCCUCACCCCGGCCUUUCUCUGGGGAAGAAGGAGGACAAGCUGGGCAUCAGAGCGUCAUCCACGGCGAACAUCAUCAUGGAGGACUGCAGGAUACCGCUGGGCAACAUGCUGGGUCCUCGUGGUGCUGGAUUCAAGAUCGCCAUGCAAACCCUGGACAGCGGCCGGAUCGGGAUCGCAGCUCAGGCGCUCGGCAUCGCUCAGGCCUCUCUGGACUGCGCCGCAGACUACGCACACAAACGCACCGCGUUCGGAGCGCCCAUCGGCAAACUGCAGGCCAUACAGUUCAAACUGGCCGACAUGGCUGUGGCGUUAGAGAGCGCCCGCCUGCUCACCUGGAAGGCCGCGCUUCUCCGAGACUCCAAGAAACCCUUCACCAAGGAAGCGGCCAUGGCCAAACUCGCAGCAUCUGAAGCCGCCACCUUCUGCUCACAUCAGGCGAUCCAGGUUCUGGGCGGGAUGGGUUACGUGUCGGACAUGCCGGCGGAGAGGCACUACCGCGACGCUCGCAUCACGGAGAUCUACGAGGGCACCAGUGAGAUCCAGAGGCUGGUGAUCGCCGGCCAGUUACUGAAGGAAUAUCAGGCGUAGACGCUCUCUGUGCCUUUUGCUGCAACAUGGACGUAAAAUCCCAGAUCCGGAACCAGACAAGCAUCACCUCAUCCGUAAAGAUAAAGAGGCCAGUGUGAUCCAGCUCCACUCGUGAGCUGAGGCGCAACUUUUAUACUUUUGUCGUUUUUAUAUCAGGGUUAGAUCAGCGACGCCACAGAAGUCCAGAGGAGACUCUUACGUGUCCGUUACCUCCGAUGUCUCGUGUUCAAGGGAAUUCAGGAAUGAAUGUUAAACACUGUAAAGAUGAGACAAGUUCAGACUCGCCUUAAGAAGAUGUCAGUGUCAGUUUUAAAGGGUCAGUUCAACUACAUUAAAUUCACUCCGGUCGCACAGACGGUUUAUGUUUGAUAUGACAGCUCUGCUGGUCGCUCCGCUGCAGGUCACAGUGUGAGUCACUGUGAGUGUAGUUUGGAUCCAGGAUCCGGCCUCAGCUCCUCAGAACCUCGCGUACCGACGAGGACCUCUAGUGACCACAACAGAACCUGCAGGUACAUUCAGAUACAGACGCUUGAAAACAUCCAACAUCAACUUCUUUAAGUGUGUUACUUUAUAAUGUGUUUGAUAAUGAAUAAGUUUAAUAAAUAAUGAUAAAUAAUUGAUAUAUCUAAUGUAGAUGUUUGAUAUCUCAUAAUCAGAGUUUGAUAAAUCGACACGAGCCGAACACAGAACAGAUUUCCACGUUUAUAGUGUUAUGUGUAUAAAGUUUUUGUGAUUUGGGUGAACUGACCCUUUAAUUUCUUCAACCAGGUUCAUUUAGUCUCUUUAACACCUUCAGUACCUUCAGAAAAACAGCUUUUAAAUCAGUGUUGAGCUUCUCAUGACGAGGUUUAACCACCAGAGGGCGACGCGGUGCCUUCAGGGUCCUGAGUAGAGAUCUGCUCUGUGAUCAGUUACACACGUUUUCAUUUUUCUAAUUUAGUUUCUUGAGUGAAGCUCGAGCUGAUACUUGAAGUGUGUGUGUGUGUGUGUGUGUGUGUGUGUGUGUGUGUGUGUGUGUGUGUGGCCUGAACCUUCGAGAUGGUCGAGGUGAAAUCUGUCGGAGGCCGUUGUAACGAUGAUCUCACAGACUUCCUGUGCCUCAGUGUCUUGUACAUACUUGUAAUUUAUUGUGUGCAGAUGAUGAUAAUAAUAAUAAAAACACCAUGACAAUAAUAUA